AUGUCAGACCAACCCGUUAAAGAUGGCCACAACGAAGCCGAGAAAGACUCCCAAUCCGAUCAACCCGUCGCUUCGGCCCCAGCACCUGCAGCAAAGAAAGCCGGUCGUUUCGACAAGACCUUUGAGCAUGAAGAAAAGGCCGUUCACGCACUCGUCGACAUGAGUUUAAUUCAGCUCAAGGCAGAAGAUCUUUACGACAAAGACAAGGUCGAUUUGGAGCAAGUCGAGCUUGACGACGUCUGGACUUUGCUUCAAUGUAACGAGGAAGGUUUGACCAGUGAAGAGGCCCUUCGUCGUGUAGAGAUCUUCGGUCCCAACAAGCUUGAGACCAAGGAGACCAACGCGUUCUUGCAGUUUUUAGGGUUCAUGUGGAAUCCUCUGUCAUGGGUCAUGGAAGCUGCUGCAAUUGUGGCUAUUGCGCUUGCUAAUGGUCAAGGUCAACCACCGGAUUGGCCAGAUUUCGUCGGAAUCGUACUAUUGCUCCUCAUUAAUUCUGCUAUCGGUUUUUACGAAGAACGGUCUGCCGGAAAUGCAGUCGCUGCAUUGAUGGAGUCCUUGGCCCCCAAGGCCAAGGUUCGCCGUGACGGAUCUUGGAAAGAAAUUGAAUCAGCCGAACUUGUUCCUGGUGAUAUUGUCGCCUUCAAGAUCGGUGAUGUUGUACCAGCUGAUAACCGACUAUACGAUGCCAUCAACGUUUCCAUCGAUCAAGCUGCUCUUACUGGUGAAUCGCUUCCAGCAAGCAAGAAAGUCGGUGAUCAGUGUUUCUCUGGUUCCACCUGCAAACAAGGAGAGGCAGAAGGCGUUGUCAUCGCCACAGGUGCCAACACUUUCUUCGGUCGGGCAGCUGCCCUCGUUGGGGCUGAUGACGAUUCAUCUGGACACUUGCAAAAGAUUUUGGCUCAAAUUGGAACUUUCUGUUUGGUCUCUAUUGGUAUCUUUGUUGUCGCAGAAAUCUUCGUCAUGUAUGCCGGAUUCCGCUUCCAAUACCGUCGAGGUAUCAACAACAUUCUCGUGCUCUUGAUUGGUGGUAUCCCCAUUGCCAUGCCCACUGUCUUGUCCGUCACACUCGCUGUUGGAGCUCAACAACUCGCCAAAUACAAAGCCAUCGUCACUCGAAUUACCGCUAUUGAGGAGUUGGCUGGUGUUACCAUUUUAUGCUCUGACAAGACCGGUACUUUGACCACCAACAAGUUGACAAUUGACAUGACCACCGUCAAAACCUACGCCGAAUUCGAUGCCGAGGAAGUUUGUCUUUUGGCUGCUUACGCAUCCCGAACGGAAAACCAAGACGCUAUCGACACUUGUGUUGUAGGAACUGUCGGUGCCGACAAGGCCCGUGCUGGUAUCAAAUUAUUAGAUUUCAAGCCUUUCAACCCUGUUGACAAGAGAACCGAAAUCACUUACUUUGAAGAGUCUUCUGGCAAAAUGAAGCGUGUCACUAAGGGUAUGACUGGUAUCAUUAUCGAAUUAUGUUCGCGAAACAAGACCGAAGAUGUUGAGAACAAACUUGAAGCCGAUGUUGAAGAGUUUGCUCGACGUGGUCUUCGUGCGUUGGCUGUUGCAUUCGAAGAUGUACCCUCCAAUGACAAGGAAGCUGAAGGCAACGGAUUCGAGCUCAUUGGUCUUUUGGCUAUCUUCGACCCUCCCCGAGAGGACACUAAGCAAACUAUCGAUGAUGCUCUACUUCUCGGUGUCAAGGUCAAGAUGGUAACUGGUGAUCAAUUGGCUAUUGCGAAAGAAACUGGUCGACGUCUUGGUCUCGGUGAUCACAUGUAUCCUGCCAAGGUCUUGAAAGAUGGUCCUGAGGUCGGAGGCAAACACGCCACCUUAGAUGACAUGAUUCUUGAUGCCGAUGGUUUUGCUGGUGUAUUUCCCGAGCACAAAUACGAGAUUGUCAAACGUCUCCAAGCUCUCGGUCAUCUAUGUGCCAUGACUGGUGAUGGUGCCAAUGACGCUCCUGCUUUGUCUCGUGCCAACGUUGGUAUCGCUGUCGAAGGUGCUACUGACGCUGCUCGUGGGGCUGCUGACAUCGUCCUCGUUGAACCCGGGCUUUCGACCAUUGUCCACGCCAUCCGUCAAUCCCGUGUCAUUUUCCAACGUAUGCGAAAUUACUCCAUUUACGCUUGCGCCGUUACCAUCCGUAUUGUCGUUGGAUUCGCCGUUUUGGUCUUUGCCUACAAAUUCGAUUUCCCGCCCUUCAUGGUUCUUAUCAUUGCUCUUCUCAAUGACGGUACCAUCAUGACGCUCUCUGUUGAUCGUGUGCUCCCCAGUAUGACACCUGAUCACUGGGACUUGGGAGAAAUUUUCACCUACGCCAUCUUCUAUGGUCUUUACCUCGCUUUGUCCACCGUCAUCUUGGUCGUGGUCAUCAUCGAGACAACGUUCUUUCAAGACAAAUUCGGAGUGGAUACUAUGGUCAACGUCAAUGACCGAAAACUUCACAUGAUUGUUUACCUGCAAGUUGCACAAAUCUCGCAGGCCCUCAUUUUCGUUACCCGAUCCCACGGCUUUUUCUUCAUGGAGCGCCCUUCGUUUGCUCUCUUUGGAGCCUUCUGUCUCGCUCAGUUGAUUAGUUCCAUCAUUGCUGCGUACGGUAACUGGGGAUUCACUGACGUUGAGGGUAUCUCCGGUGGUUGGAUCGGUAUUGUUUGGAUCUGGAACAUCAUCUGGUUCUUCCCUCUUGACUUGAUCAAGUUCGCCGUCAAAUACUCUAUCCGCGCAUACAAUGCCAAGCGAGGCGUCACACCAACCUCACUGAAGGUCACCGACGGAGUACCAUUGACACGCACUCAAUCCCGUGCUGCUUCCAUCCACGAAUCCCUGUAUUCCAACCAUGCUUCCUGGAUCAAGAAAGCUCAACGAAAGGUUGGACUCAAGAAGGGUGCCACCAUCGAUCCUACCGAGCUCCGUCGGGUUGGAUCUCACCAAGCUCGUGUGUCUGGUGCUACACUCCAGCGGUCUACUUCGCGCGCAUAAGACCUCACAAUAUGUCAUCCUUAUUCCAAGACAGCGUUCAUCUUGUCUCCCCAAUCAUCCUGAGAUGUCUGAAUGUACCCCUCAGCGUUCUUCCUCAACAGCUUGCCAUUCUCUCUCCUCUCGGUCCGCCUCUUUAAUUUACCAUCACCCUUUUCUCUACCUUCACUGUCCUUUCAUCUUGAUUUGUAGAAAUAUAGAUAUUAUCAGGGGUUCGUCAGCUACGGAGUUGUCUCUUUUGAACAAUUUUUAAAUUUGUUAUUUUGACCUACAGUUGUUCUUUCUUGACUCAUGACCACAACUGUAAAUGGUCUGCUCUGUUGCCUCUUUGACUAUUGUGAUUCUUUUGAAGAACACUCUUAGCCUUUAUGAGCAAACACAUCUUACCCUUGUAGCGUGCUACCAAUUCCUUGUCGCGUCUCACUUGUUUUAUAGUAACUCAAUUUUAUAUAUAUUCAUCUUAGCUC